UGUGGGCGCAGUCUCACACACACACGCGCGCUCGGAGUGAGAGUCACACAUAUUCAUGCAUACACACACAUUCACUCACGAAUGUAAGAUGAAAGGCACCGAGACAUAAACAAUGCCAGUUUAGGGACUCACAGGUUCCGAAGCCCAUUGGUUACAAUAGCGGGCAUAUCGGCAUUUUCACAAACCUGACUUUCAGAGGGCGUUUUUUUUUUUUUUUUUUUUUGUAUUUUCAUGAUUUUUUUUUUAAAGGGAUAAAGACGCGAAUCGCGAGUCAGCCGUUUUCGGGGUUGUGGUUUAAGCUUUGGUCAGCUAUCUUGCUAGCUGGCUAAAUUUAUAUUUAUUAAUCAUAACGCCAGGCGAGGAUUGCCACCAUUGCUGAACUGUCAUCAUCGACUUCGUGACUCUUAUUAUUAUUAAACAUAUUGCUAUUGUUAAAGCUCGAGAACCCUUAGCGUUCAGAUGGCUGAGAAAGGACGUUUCGUAAUGACAUAAAACAGAGGAAGGAAGGAUUUUAAAACCCGUGUUUUGUGUAACGCGCUGCUGUUUUUGUGAUGAUAGACUGACAGUAGGCUACUUUUUCAUUUGUUCAGGAACUGUGAACAUAUUGAACAUUCAGUAACGUUUGGCGGCUAGGACAUUUUUUUCGCUCGCUUAACAAAACGGAAGAGACAACCUUCUAUUUUUGUAUGCAGCCUGGUGUUAUUUGCAAAGUGAAACGGGGAUUAAAACAUUCCUGUUCUCUGUUGCCUCUAGUGUAGGCUACUACAGUUAGGGAACGGCGGUGGUAAGAAAGAUAUACUAUUUAUAGCACUUGCAAUUCUCGAAAACUAUCACAACUGGUGCAUAAGACUGUGGGCUCUGGCGGUUUCGAUUUUUUUUCCGUUUUUUUAUCUCUUGCUUUCGAGAUGAUAUAGGACUACGUCUUCAACGUUUUUGCACAGCGUGGUCGAUUUAUUGUUGGAUAUAAUGACAGACAUUGUUUUGGCGAUGUGCUUUUUGUGUAUGAAGUUCUGAAAACCUCGGGACUGCACUUGAAUUGUUGAUCAGUUUCAUUUUCUUUUUUUCGGAAGGAAACACGAAAAGACAGCGUGUGGAUUACAGCUACUGUUAUUUAAUCAAUAAAAUAACAACACGAAGACUGCCAUGGAUAUACUGUGGUAUUUUCCCUACAUGGAUUAAAACAAUGAUAUGUUGAUGUGCAUGUGUUUGGCGAGUCUGACCGAACUGAUCAGGAUUCUGAGAUUUAAAAAAAUCUCCACACGCUCGGAUUUACAAAAUAAACUCAUUUGCUUCGGAGGCAAGAUCGGAAAAUGCUGAAGAUCGCUCUUAUUAGUUACCCUUAAAAAUACACUUGCAUCUCAUUUUGGAAACCGACACGAUCGGGGAAUCAUAAUUUAAUUGUCUGUCGAUUUUUAUUUUCGCCGUUGGUGUGGAGGAAUUUUAUUUCAGUUUUCAGUCCUGCUCUGGCUGUCAUUAUUUCGUGUUUUGGCGACAGAUACCGUGGCUGACGUGUGAACGAAGCAAUUCUCCACCGCGACUCGGUCUUGGUACCGACACAGGGAUUUCGACAUGACUAGUACCGACAACCCGGUCGGCGGACGAUUAUGACUACAGCAGCGAAUUGGGUGGCUAACGGGGCGAGUCUUGAAGACUGCCACUCCAACCUCUUCUCCCUGGCGGAGCUGACCGGCAUCAAAUGGCGGCGCUACGGGUUCCGCGGGGGGGGCGGGUGCGGCCCGGUCAUUUCGGCGCCGGCCCCGGACGACCCCAUCCUGCGGAGCUUCACCCGCUGCGUGCGGGCCAACCUGCUGUGCGUGUGGCGCCGCGACGUACGCCCCCACGCCAAGGAGCUCUGGAUCUUCUGGUGGGGGGAGGAGCCUAACCUGGCCGACGUCAUCCACCGCGAGCUGGAGGUUGAGGAUGAAGGUCUGUGGGAGAACGGGCUGUCCUACGAAUGCCGGACCCUUCUGUUCAAAGCCAUCCACAACCUGCUGGAGAGGUGCCUGAUGGAGAAGGACUUUGUGCGAAUCGGCAGGUGGUUUGUCAAGCCGUACGAGGAGGAGGAGAAGCCGCUCAACGCCAGCGAGCACCUCUCCUGCGCGUUCACCUUCUUCCUGCACGGAGAGAGCAACGUGUGUGUGAGCGUGGAGAUCGCCCGGCACCAGCCAGUCUACCGUGUGAGGGAGGGGCACCUCCUGCACGCCCAGAUCUCCUCCAGCCCCCUGCAAGUGGUCCUCAGCCCGUACGGGCUCUGUGGCACGCUGACGGGACAGGCCUAUAAGAUGUGCGAGCCGGCGGUCCGGAGGCUGAUGGAGGAGUGGAGCCACUUCUACCCCGCGGUCCUCCGGCGGGGGGAGGGCGCGUGCGAAAACGCCGACCCCGCCUACGACCCCCACAGCCACGUGGCCGUCGAGGUCAUCGUAGGCGGUGUCCGGAUGGUUUACCCAGCAGCCUUUGUGCUCAUCGACCAGGGCGACCUGCUGGUGGAGCAGAUCUCGCCCACCCUGGGCACGCAGGGGCCAAUCAGGGACCCCUCCGGCUGCAGCGUACCGCUAACUCCGCCUACCUCCCCGGAGCAGCCCUGCUCAGGCGACAGUGGCUUCCACACCUCAGUCUCCAGUGUCGUGGGACAGGACGGAGGCGGAGGCGCUGGCUCGGUUAGCCACAGCCCAAAGCAUUCUGGGAGGACGCUGACCAAUCAGGCGGUGCGUCAGGCAUGGAAGGAGUGCUAUCUGAACCAAUCGCAGCACAGGUGCAGUUUACCCAGCUCUAGGACACCUGGAGAUGAGAUGCCAAACGAGGCGCCGGUCUGGGACUUCAUCGACCCGGGCGAGAGGGCAGCCUGCCAGUGCUCCAGGUACAGGUCAAAGCAGCAGAAACAGAGGCAGGGGCACACAGCGACCUCCGACCCCGAGCCCGGUGCCAACCCCGCCCCCGCGGCCCCAUCCCUGCCCCCGCCCGCCCUCCCCAAGCACAAACCGGCCGAGAAGCCGGAGAAGCCUGACAAGCAGCCCAAGCGCACCGCCCUGACGGCCUUCCACCACCGGCCCCCGCCGGACCAGCAGGACGCCUGCCUGGAACAGGACCCCGCCGUGGGCCUGCCGGUGCCCGAGCCCCCCCUGGAGCCCCUGCCCCCCCACAAGUACCCCAAGCCCCUCCCCGUCGGCGGGAAGCCCCCCGAGGCCUUGCUGCACUCCCCGGCGUCGCCCCUGCCCCCCACCCUCAGCCCCCAGCCGCGGCUGCAGGAGGCGGAGCCGCUGGAGCCCCCCGCGUGCCUGGCCCCCUGCUCCGCGGAGGCGCUGAUGGGCCAUGCGGGGCCCGAGCUCAGCGACACGGCGCUGUACGCCGCCCCCCUGGCGCAGGAGCCCCGCCGGCGCUGGUGGGCCGGCUACAGGGUGCCCCGCGCGGACGGGGCGGAGUUUCAGGCCCCCGAGCUGCCCGGGGAACGAGCGGAGAGCAAGAGUGAGACUGAGGGGCUGGCACUGAAGAGGCUCUUCGCUCAGACCCACAAGCGCUUCAAGGUUUCGGAGGAGAGGGUACGGGAGCACGUCCACGCCCUGGGCCUCCUGAGCCAGCCCGGCGUGGAGGGGCUGGAGGGGCUGGAGGGGCUGGGGGACCCCGGGGACGACCCCUACACCUUCAAGGACGAGGACGUGGAGUACAGCUUCCCCACCUCCAAACGCCUCAAGGGCCAGGAGAGGGACCUCGGGCGGAGGUCCAAGGGAGAAGACGUCACGGGCAACGGAGCAGUGCCUGAUGGGAAAGACGCCAUGUCCAUCUUCAGUUCGGCGCCCAAAUCUGACGAUUCGUCGCAGGACGACGCGGCGGCCAAAGCCAACCCGCCGCUCACCAGGGAGAAGGACCUGGUGGUGCUCAUCUCCGACCUGGAGAACAUCUUCGACAACUCUGAUGAGGACGAGCUGGGGGCCGCUUUCUCCAACCAGCAGUCAGCCAAGGCCCCAGCCGCUGGAGCUGAAGAUCGCCCCCUAGCAAAGGAAGGGAGAGUUGCAGUGCCGUACCCUUCAACAGUUGCAGAUCUCCAGCGUAUGUUUCCCACACCUCCCUCCCUGGAGCAGCACCCCGCCUUCUCCCCCAUCACGACCUACCGGGACACCCCCAGCCAGGAGCCCCCGGCCCCCCCCUCUGGGUCGGACCACGCCCCGGCCCCCGCGUCCUCCGCCCAGCUCUCCGAGUUCCGGAUGGAGGUGGAGGAGUGUAUGGGCAGCCCGAAAGCAGAGGACAUCAGGGAUUUCUCCUUCGUGCACCGCGUCCCGUCGGUCCAGCCGCACGUGGGCUCCUCCGUGUUCGCCCCCCUCCGCACCCUCCCCAGCAGCUGCCUUCCGCCCCUCAAGAUUCCCGAACACUGCUACUACCGGCCGUCCUGGUCCCUGCCGCCCAAGAUGGAGCAUCUCGCCCUGCACCCGCAGGCCCCCUUCCUCCGGGACGGCAACGUCCCCAGCGUGAGCAGCCUGCUGGACCAGGACUACGCCCAGCCCAGCUCGGGCAUCGCCUCCGUGGGCAACGCGGGCGGCGUCCUCCCCUCGCCGGCCACGCCCCGCUUCUCCGUCCCCACCCCCCGGACCCCCCGCACCCCGCGCACCCCCAGGGGGGCGGGCGCCUCCAGCGGCCAGGGCUCGGUCAAGCAGCAGGAGGGGGCGGAGCUGAGCUCGCCCGCGUCCACGCCCUCCACCGGGCGGCCGCUGAGCUCGGCGGAGGAGCCCCCGCCCGCCGCCGCCGCCGGCCCCGCCCUCCCGGAGUCCCACAGCCUCUACGCCACGCUCCUGCUGUCCGACUCGGUCCUGGACGUCUUCCGGGACCGCAACUUCGACAGCUGCUGCGUGUGCGCCUGCAACCUGAACGUGAAGGGCGCCGACGUGGGCCUGUACAUCCCGGACUCGUCCGGCGAGGACCAGUACCGCUGCACCUGCGGCUUCAGCGCCGUGGUCAACCGCCGGCUGGCCCACGGCGCCGGCCUGUUCCUGGAGGACGAGCUCGACAUCUUCGGGCGGGGCUCGGAGGUGGGCGGGGCCGCCGAGCGGCGGCUGGAGCUGUGCCGGCGGGCGGAGCCCCCCGCCGCCGCCGCCCCCUUCGCCGUCCUGGCGCUGCUGCGCGACCAGUGCUCCGUCCCGCUGGCCUCGCCCGCCUCGCUGCACCUGCACCCGGCCUGCGGCUCCGGCGACGGCCGCCGGGGGGCGCUGCUGCGCGGCUGGGCGGCCGACCAGCGCUGGGCCGACGGGAGCGACGCCUGCGCCGAGUGCUACAGCGCCCUGCUGCAGGGCCAGCAGUACGCCGACAACGCCGCCGCCGGCCCCGUGGACCGCGCCCUGGUGCGGAGCGGCGCGCUGCACGCCUGGCCGCACGCUAACGUGCUGGACAUCAGCAGGCUGUCCUCUCAGGACGUGGUGCGCAUGCUGCUCUCGCUGCAGCCCGUGCUGCAGGACGCCAUCCAGAAGAAGCGCACGGGCCGGACCUGGGAGAACAUCCAACACGUGCAGGGCCCGCUCACCUGGCAGCAGUUCCACAAGAUGGCCGGCCGGGGCUCCUACGGUUCGGAGGAGUCUCCCGAGCCGCUGCCCGUGCCCAGCCUGUUGCUAGGCUACGACCGGGACUUCCUGGCGCUGUCGCCUGCUUCGGACGCUGCUGGCCUGCGGGCAGGCUGCCCCGUGCUGCGACCGCCUGUCGGCCGCGCCUUCCGUCAGCCGUGCGCCCUACCGGCCCCUUCCCCACUCACCCUUCCUUUUAAAUCAGGCACAUUUUUUGGCACUCCUUUACCAAUCCCCCCCUCUCUCUCUCUGCCCCAGACCUGCCGGCUGGGGAAACACCGCCCCCUGGCCAAGGUGUCCCGGGACGGCAUUUUUCGGGUGGGCGGCGUAGAGCCGCAGGACCUGGUGGAGGACCUGGUGGACCAGUGGUUUACCGAACCGUGGGCCGGGAGCAACCAGGAGGACAAUCUGGCCAAACUGAAGCUCUACGCCCACACCUGCCAGCAGCUGCUGGCUCCUCAGCUGGCGUCUCUCACCCUGGACAGCAGCCUGCUCCUGCCCCCGAAACCCCAGCCGACGCCGCCGCCCCCCGCGCCCACGGCCACGCCGGCCGCCCCGCCCCAGGGCGCCGCCCCCGCCACCGCCGCAGCCCCCGACGGAGCCACGCCCUCCGUCGGCUCGGUCAGCACGCCCACGCCCGGGGGGGCCACGCCGGGCGGGGCCGACGCGGCGCAGGGGGGCGCCGCCGAGUCCAAGACCCCCGCUAACGCGACGCCGUCCCCUGCCCCGCCUGCAGAGGGCGCUGAGAGCUCAGCGGACCGGGAGCGCAUCGGGAUCCCCACGGUGGCGGAGUCGGCGGACAGCCACGCCCACCCCCCCGCCAUCGUGCUGUACGUGGUGGACCCCUUCCUGUGCGCCGGCGGCGACCAGGAGGACGAGGAGGCGGAGCCUGCCAGCGUCUGGCUCCUGGGUCUUCUUCGCUGUUUCACCGAGCUGCUCCGCGCCCUCCCCGAGAACCUCCAGCCGGCCCUCGCCCUCCAGGUGGUGCCCUGUCAGUACCUGCUGCAGCCCGCUGGCGGGGGGGGCCCGCUGUACCUGCAGCACCUGCGCUCGCUGGCUUUCUCCGCCUACUCGCACAGCCGCCGCCCACUGCCCCUGCGCACGCACAUCAAGUCCCUGACCGGCUUCGGACCCGCCUCCUCCACCGAGUCACACUUCAGCAACCCGGAGCGCGCUGCCCCCCUGCCGCUCUACGCCCCGCCCUUCAUCCUGGGCCCCACGCGCAGCAAGCAGCUGGACGUGGGCGAGGCCUGCGGAGAGGGCGUGGCCCGCUACGGCGUGCUCUUCCUGGGGUACUGCCUGUCCCACGACCAGCGCUGGAUCCUGGUGUCCUGCACCGACCAGCAGGGGGAGCUGCUGGAGACCUGCAUCAUCAACGUGGACGUGCCCAACAGAGCCCGCAGGCCGAAGGUCUCUCCGCGGAAGAUGGGUCUGCAGAAGGUGUGGGAGUGGUGCGUCGGGAUCAUCCAGAUGACAUCGCUGCCUUGGAGGAUUGUGAUUGGCCGGCUGGGGCGCCUGGGACAUGGGGAGCUGAAGGACUGGAGUGUUCUCCUGGGGGAGCACUCUCUGCAGUCCAUCAGCAGGCAGCUGCGGGAGGCGUGUCGGAUGUGCGGCAUCUCCGCCAGCGACUCGCCCUCCAUCCUCAGCGCCUGCCUGGUUGCCAUGGAGCCACAGGGCUCCUUCGUGGUUAUGCCAGACGCGGUGACCAUGGGCUCGGUGUUCGGCCGCAGCACGGCGUUAAACCUGCAGACGUCGCAGCUCAACACGCCGCAGGACGCCUCCUGCACCCACAUCCUGGUCUUCCCCAUCUCCGCCACCACCCAGGUGGCCCCCGGCACCUACCCCACGGAGGACAACCCGGACGACAUGUUCGACUUGCCGUUUCCGGACGAGCUGGAGAACGACAUCGGGCACGACAUGAUGCUGAUCACGAACCUGCACCCCUCCCCCAACACCUCCCCCGUCCCGUCCCCUGGGUCCCCCGGCGGCAUGGGCGGGACGUCCCACUUUCCCCACAACAGGGGUCAGGGGGAGAGGCUGCUCUCCAGGGAGGCGCCGGAGGAGCUGAAGCAGCAGCCCCUGGCUCUGGGGUACUAUGUCUCCACCGCCCGGGCCGACGGCCUGCCCCACUGGUUCUGGGCCUCCUGCCCGCAGGCUCAGAACCAGUGCCCGCUCUUCCUCAAGGCCUCCCUGCAUCAUCACAUAUCCAUCGCCCAAUCAGACGAGCUCCUCUCUAGCAAGACCUCCCAGAGGAGUCCCCACCCCCUGGACUCCAAGACCACGUCCGACGUGCUCAGGUUUGUGCUGGAGCAGUACAACGCCCUCUCCUGGCUGACCUGCAGCCCUGCGUCUCACGACCGCCGCUCCUGCCUCCCGGUGCACUUGGUCGUCCUCACGCAGAUGUACAACGCCAUCCUCAACAUGCUGUAGGCGGGGCGGGACCUGACUCCGCCCGUAGAGUUCUCUGUCAGGGGGCGGGGCAUCUGCACAGCAGGAGGGCGGGGCACGGGGGUGGGGUCCAUGCCCCAACUCUUCACCUGUUGACCUCUCACGGUGCUCUGGUCAACCACAGACCCCGCCUCAUCAGCUGAAAGAUGGAGAGUUUCCUGUCCCUAACGCAUCACUUCCCCCUCCUCCUCUUUUGGGUUUCAGGGGGAGGAGCCGUCCUGUCACCCUGUCUAAGGGGGCGUUCCUAGAGUUUUAAGACCGUUUAAUUGCAUUCUGGUGCCAGUUUGCCCUUGCACAAAACAGUGAGUGUCAGUCAUGCAGAGAAAAAUGUAUCUUAUUUAUUGAGGAAGUACAUGCGUUCAUUCGGAUGGUGUAACACAUAAAUCAGCGUAAAUCAGCUACCUGGAGAAAGGACCAUGAUGUACACUUCCUGUGGCUUUAAUUUUCAAACACUGACGUCUUUCAGAGAAUGUUACAUGAAGCUUUUUUUUUUUUUUUUUAAAUAUAAGCUUUAACUUAAGCUAUGCUUAGUUGAUCAGUAAUACUGUAGUAAUGUACGGUGAUACUGUCAUUUGUUUUAAAGUGUCAUGUCGCGAAAAAGCCAGGUACAUUCUGAAUUAAAACCAAGGUGGUGGUGCAGCCUUUGCAGUGUAUAUUCAGAAUAGAAUCUGCAGGGUUUGUGAGCAGUCUGUCUGGAUCUCUCUGAGAACUGGACUGUCUUACAACAGAUGCUAUGAAGGAUGGGAAAUGUAGUUUUCGCUGCCGCGUGUGAUUUUAUGAGGAAAUCCGUGUUUGUGGGCUGUCAAAGUGCCUUUUCCUGCGAGUCGUUUUUCAGAUAUGCUCAGAAGGCGGCGAUGCCGCUAAGUUCAUACGCAGCUAAAUAUGAAAUGGAGUGUGAUACAGGCAAGAACAGUCCUACCCAAAUGAGCAUUAAACUACAUUAAAUGAAUAACAGCAACAAGCUAAUGACUGGCUCUGAAAAAAACGAAUAACAAGGAAGCUGCAGCUAAUUGGGUGUUAGGACUGGUGAAGGUGCUAGCGGGGGUUGGGGUGGAGGAAGCGAGGUGCAUUCUGGGUCUUCGGGCCGGAAGAUGGCCGAUGUCUGCGCUGUUUUAUAUGCCCUAGAAGGCUCUUUUCACCAGCGAGGGCCCAAAGUGAUUGACUAGCAGAAAUGCAGAUGCUUCCAUUUGCUAUGCCUGCACAGAUCUGACCUCCAUUUUGUGAAGGGCAAAACUGUGUAAAGUGUGCAAAGACGGGCUUUCUGUCUUCCCCCAUUGGCUGAGCUGGUCAGUGCAGUGGCACUCAGUAGAAGUGUCAGUCUGUGGAACGAGGAGGCGGGGUUUGUGUCUCCGGUGGGCUGCGAUCCCGCCUUGAACUGAAGUACCCACCCACCAAUCGGGCGGCUCAGCACUCCGGGUCGUCAUAGCAACAGACACUCAAGUAAACCCUACGAUACACCAGCAUCAUGGACCAAAGCAGGAAGUAGGAUCAGAACCCCACCCCCCGCCCCCCCAUCUUCUGCUUAACCAUUCAAAAGUGAACGUUCUGCAGUUCUUCCAGACUCCUCAAAGGGGCGCUGUUUCUUUUCGCCGGUGACAUUUUUGCAGCUCGGUUCCUGUCGGACCUGGUUUUUGUGAUUCUGAGGGCAGAGAACUUCCUCUGCAGGUCAGCGUCAGAAAAAAGGCACUUUUCUCUUUUGUUUUGAAGUGGACAUUUUAUUCUUGUAGAUACAAAAGUGAUGGAGUGAUUUUUGAGAAAUUAAAAGAAAAAACAUGGACUUGUGUAUAUGUAAAGCUGACUUUUUUUCAAAGAAUUGUGACUAUUUUUAUUAAUUAAAAUGACAAUGGAAAUUUAAAAUAAUCAAGGCCUUUUCCAAGAAGCAUUAUGAUUGCCUUGGGAUUAGAAAUGGAAAAUUUCAUUUUACAGGAAAAAUUAUCUAAAAUUUCUCAUCGUAUUUAUACAGCCAUAUAUACAAAUGUAUGUAACAUGUUCUAUAUAAAUAUGUACGUCCUUAAAUCAGACGCAAAAGAGGAGAAUUUCACAUGGAAAAUUUUUCUUAAAUUAUGGAAGAUAAUGCAUUUUAGUUUGUCCUGUACUUUUGUAUUGAUAUUGUUACGAAAUGUCGUUAAGCAAUUUUUAACUGUAUGAGAUGUGGGAAGUGAAUACAGCAAAAAGGAUAUCAAAUAUGCUUCUUCUGCUUCGAGACACACUUGAAAUGGGCAAAUGACUUUAAAAGCGGUUUGUAUUUUGAGCAUUAAAAUUGUAUGUUUAACUAAUACGCAUUAUUUUAAGUGGUGGUUGGAAAGCUAACCCAACCAUUCAACUUUUCUCCAUCUCCUUCCUGGAAAUAGCCCUGAUAUUUGUACAAUUCUUUGCAUGUUUGUAUAUAUACACACACCCGUCUGCUACGUUUUUCGAACUUCAGAAAGCAGUAGGCCUACAUUUCAUUGGCUGGUUAGAUUUUUUUUUUUUUAUGUAGCUGUUUAUAUUUUUGCAGUGGGAUUUUGUUUCUUGUUAAUUUGGUUUUAGAGGUCUGGGUGGGGCUAAGUGGAUUGUUGCCAUGGUAUCAACACUAAAGAGGAGGGGCAGGAGAGGCUGAGGAUUUGAUACACCUGCUGUCAUUUUGAUUAUUGGUCGAUCUCCUUUGCAAAAGAGAUCUAUGUCUUUUACACUCUUUUUUUAAAGUAAAUUAUUAAAUUAUGGAAAAACGGA